CAUAACUCACAUUGAAUUCCCUUAAUUAGUCACACAAUUAUAAAAGUAUAGAUACUGUUACACUCGAUACACAAACAUGGCAAAAUUGAUUACACUUGUUGGUUUUCUUGUCAUCAUCUUCUUCAAUGUGUUUGAACCUGCCUCUUCCGCCAGUCACCCCGUCGAAUGGUCUCUCGGGAAGGACUAUAGCUUGGCUACCGGAAAGCCCUUUGCUGUCGGCGAUACCAUCGUGUUCAACUACGGUGCGGGUCACACGGUGGACGAAGUGAGCGAAAGUGACUACAAGAGUUGCACAUUGGGGAACUCAAUUUCUUCGGACAGUAGCGGAACCACAAGCAUAGCUCUUAAGACAUCUGGUCCUCACUACUUCAUCUGUGGUAUCCCCGGACACUGCACGGGCGGUAUGAAGCUCUCAGUCACCGUUGCGGCAGCCUCAUCAGGCGGCGGUGGAGGCGGCACUAGUGACAAAACUACACCAGCACAAGGCGGAACUACACCCUCAGAAGGCAAAAAGGCUAGUCCUUCUGCUUCGGCCACAACCGUGUUAAAGCCGUUGGAAUCUUUGGUUGUGACUUGUGUAGUUGCAUUGCUGUACUCUUUUGCUCUCUCUUAAUUAGCUGGUCUUUUGAGUGUUUUAGAGUGGCUCGACUCGUUUAAAGGACCCAGGCUAGAGGCAGUGCUAUUAUUAUAUAUGCUUGUUAUUAUUAUUAAUUAUCUCUCAUGAUUUUUCCUAUGCUUUUUGCUUGGGCACAAUAUUAUUUUCAUUUCAUCUGAUCUGAUCAUGAAUGUAUUUCUUUA